UUGAAACAAAGGUAAUCACUUUUUUUUUGGGGGGGGAAGGGGGCUAUUGUACUGCUUUAUAAUUAUGCAUACAAACAUCUGUGCCUUUAAUCCCUGGUCUACAGGAUGCAGUAAAAAGCCAGCCAAAUAUCUUAAAUUUGGCACACACACACACACACACACACACACACACUUCUAUGGGACUGUUGAGCGCCGCACAGCUAAAUGGAAGGCGUCGCGCCUGCGCGGAUAUGUUAGGGAAUGACAAAGCAGCGCAGCACUGUCGCAGGGCCAUAUGCCCACGAGGCAUCGCCGCGCCUGUCACAGUUACCGAGGCCUUUCAUUCUUCAACUCUUCUCAACUACGAAAAAAAAAUAUUAAAUUUACUCUCGGUAAUUUGAGGCAGAGGAAAUCACUGACACAGCUCCCUGAGCCGCCGUGAAGUGCACCCAUCCUAACCACAGUGACGUCUGGCCGGCGGACCCACCCUCCUUCCCAGCAUGCUGCUUGUGGGCAGGCCUAGCGCACUGUGGACGGCGGUAAUCUUGAUGCUGCUGCUGUUUCUGCUGGUAAAGCCGGCCUACACACGAAAUGACGACACCCAAGGUCAUCUCCGUUACCCGUGGGUCACCUUUCCUCCGCCCCUAAACUAUCCAGCACUCUCUCAGACUUCUCAGCGACCUCCUCUCUCCUACCCCGCUCCUCCGCUCCGUCCCACACCUCUGCCUCCAGGAUACACACGCCCCCAGGAUAACCCCACCUUCACCUCACGCCCAAACCGGCCCUUACCACCACUCCGUCCUACACCUCCAACUCAACGCUUCCCUCGUCCCCCAAGCAACCCCUCAUUACCCCGUAACCGUAUAGCUCCCAAUAACCCUGUCACUUAUCCCUCUUCCUUCAAUUACCCCCCGUCCCGCAGCUUCCCCUUACCCCCCUCGUAUUCUUCUUUCUCAGAUCAUUCUUCAUCCUCAGGGCAUCCCUCACUCCUGGUUUAUCCUUCUUCAUAUGGCUAUCCCUCUGGCCUCGGCUACGUGGCGCCACGCUAUUAUUCAUAUUCAAAUACUUCACAGUCCUCUCAUCACACACCAUAUCUUUACCCAUGGCAGUUCUAUUACCCUCACUAUCCCUUCUAUCCUCACUUCCCUCUCACAGUCCCAACACCCACACCUAGCCCGUCUACCACCACCACUCCCAGUCCGGGGCCCUUGAUAUGGCCAACUGGCAGAUCUCGAAAGAGCACUCCUCCCUCCGUGUGGCCCACCGGUCGACCCGCCACUACCAGACCACCUUCAGUAGCAGUAUGGCCCACCGAAAAGGUUUCCAAGACCCCUCACCCGACCACCAGAACACCAUUAGAGCAGGUGUGGCCGACGGAACCCUCAGUGGAUUCCUUGAAACCAACUGAUGAUCCUGCAGCCAUCAUUCCUAAAUGGCCCACACCUCCCUCAGCUAGGGCGCCUCCCAUCUCCCCGAGGUGGCCGACAGUGAAGCUACCACCUAACACAAUGAUCAUAUCAUGGCCGACUGAAAAGACAGAGAAAGCGUCCCCAACUGCUCCAUCAUGGCCGACGAAGUCACCAAAGCAAACUCAAGGUAAAAACUUCAUUACAACCACAGCGUGGCCAACCAGAUCGAGCAAACUGACCAUUGUUACUCCAACGUGGCCAACAAGAAUGCCAGCAGGCAAAGACGGCACAUUCCAUGUCUGGCCAACACGGAAGCCACGAGGUAUUCCACCUCCGUCAAAGCGGCUAAGCAAUACCAUCAAACCACGACUUGCACCUGCACCUCCAGAAAGGCAUUCCAAGAAACCCCUGCAACCGACAAAGGACGAAACGACGACCUCUGCUGCAACCUUGCAACGAACGCCAAGGCCACCCAACACCACCCCCGCCACGCCACUGCGGCCCAAGAGAAGUGCUACGACGAAUACCGGAGAAGCGACAGGCGGGCCGUCCUUUCCCCGCGGACCACCAAUUUCAACAUCUUAUUCACAGUGCAGCACGCCAUGUCUGACCAAGAAGGGACGUCGUACAGGCAGAUGUCCCUCCCGGUCUGGCCCCUGCCUAGAACAGCUUCCCGAUGAUCUCCGCCGCCCGGGUCCUCCACCCUCGAAGCUGUGUCUGAUGGACGGCCAGUGCCGCGCCUCCCACAAGUGCUGCCCGGACCCCUGCACCGGCAGCUACACAUGCACCGCCGUCUAUGUCCCUUAUCUGUAAUACUUGCUGAUCCGACCCGCAAGCAUCUGUCAGGCUUCUCCUUUCAUUAAUAUUUUGGCUUAACGGAUGAAGGAAACACACACACACGUAAGUAACUUCUAAACUCAGAAAGAAGAGCAUACUGUACUAAAAACUGUCCUAAUAAUGACAUACUAUUUGGAAUGAGCCCAUACAGGAUAUUCACCUCUUGUAAGCGAUACGCACACCACGUUGUCAAUGAGUUAAGGCAGUGUGUAAAGGGCGGGAAGCGCCGCCCAUUUGUUCCUAGGGAUGUGUGGUGAACAUGACUGUUUACUCUACGAAUGUACGAGUAUAAUUAUUUUCCUAAUUUUAAUAAAUUGAAGCAAAAUGU